AUGCCGGACUUUUCAUCCAAAGCAUACUGGGACGAACGGUUUACCAAGGACAACAAGCCAUUUGACUGGCUGGUACCGGCUGCAGCUCUUCGGGAUGUCACAGCCGAUGUUUGGGACACGGAAGAUCUACCCAAAUGCGAGAUUCUGCAUAUAGGCUGUGGAACAUCCGACGCAUCCGUGCUGCGUGGACUGGUGGAAACUCCCCAACAGAUUUUGAAUCUGGACUACUCGGACGCUGCUGUACAAGCCGCCUCGGAACGCGAACAAGAAUUGCUCAUCAUGGAAGAACAGACGUCCGAUUUGUUGGAAAGCGAAACAUCACCCGAUGAUGAACAACGAUCGAUUCCCUUGCAAAGCAUGCGCUGGUCUUGUCUGGAUCUCCUCUCUCUCGACUCAACUCUGUCCCUACUGGAACGCCAACGAGCGGAAUGUGGAAAAUUGUUCGACCUCGUCCUGGACAAGAGCACAAGUGACAGUAUCGCAAGCGGUCGUCAUGUAUCCUUGAAUGUUCCUUACCCCCUCUCAAUCAACGGCUGGACACGAAGAAUUCUUCGCGGAGGUCUCCAUGCCCCUGUAGAAGUCCAUCCUUUACACGUCCUCGCUCUGCAUUUGGCAGCUCUGACUAGACCCGGAAGUGGGAGAUGGGUCGUGAUCAGUUACUCGGAAGACAGGUUCCCGUUCUUGCCGCCCUUUCCACACUCUGCUUCCACAGGUCUGCUGGGCGAUGAUGUCAUCCAAAAGGGCUUCACACAUCCGCAUCAGUUGUGGAAGUUGGAGAAGAAGGAGAAGCUGGAUCUYGAUGCUAGACGUGAUGAGACCUUGGCCCAACGGAGAAAACGAUUGUCCAUGGGAAUCGUAUAUCGGCCACAGCCAAUCCAUUGGCUGUAUGUCCUUCGCAGAACUCAAGCCAUCAUCACGGAUUGA